UAAUCACCCUGUGUAGAUAGGGAGCUAUGGCUAAGGGCGCUUUAGUCAUCAUUGUGAUUGCAUUGGUUAUGGUUAUAUCUGUUUACAUCUCCAUACAUUUCCAGCUGAAAGGACAAAAGAAAUCAAGCAACAUUCAUGGAAAUGGCAUUAUGUUUAAUGCAACCGUGUCCAAGACAAGACCUGGAGUAUAUAGAAGGAUAAUGGAUGCCAUUGCAUCGGCACCCAUUCAGAGUCAAUCCAGGUACUACAUUCAUGUGGAGGCAGGUUUAUAUGAGGAGAUUGUGGAAGUGUGGGGAAAUAAGACAAAUAUAGCUUUGAUUGGAGACGGUGAAAAUUUAACCAAAAUCACAAUGAACAGGAGAUUCCCUGAGUUCAAAACUUACGAAACUGCCACUGUUUCUGUUAAAGGUGAUCAAUUCUCAGCAAAGUACAUUACUUUCGAGAACUCAGCAGGAGAAGGCAGUCAAGCUGUUGCCCUAAUGUCCGAGUCUAAUCAAUCAUCAUUUUACAGAUGUACAUUUUUAGGGUACCAUGACACGCUGUAUGCAAAGUUCGGCAAGCAAUUUUAUAAGGAGUGUGAAAUCUAUGGCACUGUUGAUUUUGUGUUUGGCGAGGCUGCAGCAGUCUUUCAAAGCUGCAACUUCUAUGCGCGGUUGCCUAACCGCAUUAUUACUUUCACUGCACAGGGAAAACAGUUACCCGGUCAAGUUAGUGGAUUUGUCAUUCAAAAUUCCACUUUGACAGCAGUCCCGGGUUUACAGUCCAACAAAUCACAGGUUCACGCUUUUCUUGGAAGACCAUGGUUUGCAUGGUCGACCGUGAUUGUGAUGCAAUCCUUCCUGGAUAACAUCGUAGACCCAGCUGGGUGGUACGAGUGGCCAGGCCAUCGCACAGAUGAGCUAACUUAUAUAGAAUACGGUAAUUGGGGCCCUGGCGCAGGAACAAGGAGACGAAUUUCAUGGGUGGGAUAUAAAGCAUUGAAUCAGUCCGAGGAAGUCAUUCCUUUCACAGUUUCUAAUUUUAUUACUGGGGAUUCUUGGAUUCCAGAGACUGGAAUCCCUUACACCAGCAGUUUAUAUUAGCAUGAGGCCAUUUCUCUGAAAUCCCUUAUACCAGCAGUUUAUUUUAGUAUGAGGCCAUUAUAUGGUGUUUUUGUAGUGACUUCAAAGACAUUGCUAGACUGUGAAUGGUGCAAAGUAUUUGCGAUAUGUUAACUACUUUACUAUAAACUGAGUAUGACAUCCAACAACCGCCACAAGCCUAUGGGACUGACCCACAAGCACUCCAAAAAGACCACUUUAACUUCCUUGAAUAGAAUUUAAGAGAAGGUAGUUAUGUAAGUUGAGAAUCCAACUAGGUUAUUAAAUUUCUAAUCAUUAUACCUCCAACUCGCAAAUUCUAACACACAAAAUACUAAAAGCUGUAAAUAAUGGCCAUGUACUGGUUCUAUGUCUGCAUGUCUCGCCAUGGCUUCAAUGACCAAAUUGAGGAUAAGUCAAAAGCAACAUUGCCAAGCUACCCCACGAAAAUGUCAUGGCAUCAUAUGAGAUUCCUUACUAGUUUUAUCCCUGGACAACUCACUGCACUAAAACACAAGCCAUCCAAUUCAGAAUUAUGAAAUCAGUACCAUAGUCCCUGAUUCACAGUCACCAAGAAUUUUUCUCUACUUCUUCCCCUCUUUCGUUCCCAUGUUUCUGUUCAUGGUUACUGUUCACAGCCUGGAAAGAGUCCCAAGUUCCUCUCUUUCUUCCGCUCACGCUAGUAGGCAAGAUCUCAUCCAGCUUGGCCUAUAUGAGUCUGGUAUUCAGAGCCCAAACUUUCUUCCCCUUUGUCAGCCAUAUUUUCUUCUUCUUCGUUGACCAAUAUGGUUACAAAUGCAGAACUCUUUUCAAACUUUGAGA